AUGGCGAGUGAAAUCCUGGCCCAUCUGUUACCCAUGCCACUAGAAUUAACUCCCGAAGUGUGCCUUCUGUACAUCUGGCCUGAAAACCUGACGAAGGUCCACACCAAAUUACUAUUCCACACACUGAUAGCCGCAUGUACCCUGAUAGCCAGGACAUGGAAAUCGCAAGAUAUCCCAAUGAAAUACAUGCUAGUGCAACAAAUCCAGACGAACUGGGAAUAUGAGUUAAUGGCUGAUCAGCAGAUUGGAAAAAGGAGGACAACGGCUGAGGCCGGACAACUAUGGAAAAACAUACUGGAACACCAUGGGAAACCAG